AUGGACAACCUUUCUCUUGAGCUGGUGGCCAACCUUACUGGCCACCAGGACAGGGUCUGGUCUGUGGCUUGGUCCCCCAAAGGCGAUUUAUUGGCCAGCUGCAGCGGUGAUAAGACCGUGCGGAUAUGGCAGCACCCCGCCGGUGGCGUGCAGCAGCAGCAGCAGCAGCAGCAGCAGUGGUACUGCUGCGCCAUCCUGGAUCAAUGCCAUUCUCGCACAAUUCGCAACAUCGCCUGGAGCCCCAACGGCAGGGCGCUGGCCACCGCCAGCUUCGAUGCGACUGUUGCCAUUUGGGAACUUUCUGGAGGAGUUUGGGAACAGGUCGCGGAGCUGGAGGGCCACGAAAAUGAGGUCAAGUGUACGGCAUGGAACCCAGAUGGGCGUCUCAUCGCCACAUGCGGGCGCGAUAGAUCGGUGUGGAUCUGGGAGUCCAUGCCGGGUCGCGAGUUUGAGUGUGUGGACGUCAAGCAGGGACACACGCAAGACGUUAAGGUGGUCCGUUGGCAUCCCGGGGGGGAGUUGUUGGUUAGUGCCGGGUACGACGACACCAUAAAGCUCUGGAGCUAUGACGGGGACGAGUGGGGGUGCAGCCAGACACUGGGAGGGUACGGCCCCGGCUCCGGUCACAGCUCCACGGUUUGGGACGUGUGUUGGGACCCCCCCGGCCAGCGACUCGCCUCUUGCAGUGACGACCUCACCGUGAAGAUAUGGGGGAGCAGGAGCAGGAUGAAGACGACAACAACAACAACAACAACGAUAGGUGGGGGGCCGGCGGUCACCCUCAGCGGCCACCACACGCGGACCAUCUUCUCCCUGGACUGGGGCUCCCACGGCCUCAUUGCUACGGGUAGGGGUGGGGGGGGGUGGGGGGUGGAGGGGGGCUGUUACGGGGGGGCUCAGGAGUCCUGGGGUUUGUGGGUGCGUGUGGAGGGGGCGCAUGACGGCGAUGUGAACUGCGUGCGGUGGCACCCUGUGGAGCCCCGGCUGCUUGCGUCUUGCUCGGAUGAUGGCCUUGUACGGCUGUGGUGGCUCAAAUAG